AUGAGUUCGAGAAAUAUCCCUUUGGCAACCAAUCCAGUUCAUGAAGAAGAGGGAAAAGGAGCAUUGGGUUUUACUUUCAACCAUGAAGGGGUUAUCUUAAUUAUUCAUCAUCAUCCAGAAUUUGAUCAAUUUCCAGAUUACGCCGCUAAGCUUAACUCGCACGUGCUUGCCACCGUCUCUGGGGGUACCGAUGUCCUGCGCCAGUGUUUGCCCAGUAUGCUGCAUAAGAUGUGCCAGGAUUUUGAACUCGCGGAAAAGUUUAGAGCUUCUGCUGAACAAGCAUCAAGGUGGCUGGCAAAACAUCUGGCUCUUUAUCCCGGGUCCUUUGACGACUCGUCACUAGAAGUACUAAUCGCCGGGUGGCACGAGGAAUUGGGUCCCGCCGUGUUUAAAGUGGGUGGUACGGGGACACGGUGGGAUGGAGCAUCCCUCGCCACUGGAUGUGCAUCUCGCAGAAGUAUCAGUAGUAAUCUAUUUCUUGGCUACAUCGCAACCGGCCUACCUGAUCGUCCUAAAUAUGAUGAGCAGGGAACCUCAGCGUUGGGUUUUAUUUACGGUGAAGGGAUUAUGGUAUCCCUUGAUCAUUCAAUCCGACCAUCCACCUGUCCAUGUCCAGAUAAUUCUAUACCACUUAAUUCGCACCUGCUUGCCGUCAUUUGUGGAGGUACCAUUUUCGAUCGCAGAUGCUUGAUGGGUAAACUGGCUGUGGAUUCUCAUUUUCAUAAAUGCGAGAGUGGGAGAAGAGCUUUGCCGUAG